AAGAAUUGUAUAGAGAAUAUAGUUUUAUAUUGGAGAAACCAUUACAAUUGUAUUAUAGAUUGAUAUCAGAUGUGAUAUAACUUUCAUAAGCUUUGCUCACCAUCUAAUAUUACUACACAAAAUAUCUCAGACUAUAGACCAUGCCAAUCUUUAAAGUUUGGAAUACCACACGUACUUUAAAGAAAGCCGUUGCGGCAUCAUCAUUAAAUGAUUUGAAGGAGAAAGGUGCCCAGAAGCUUGUCCUCCCACCAUGCAGCCACAUCAUCGACCUGACAGUAGUGUUGGAAGAAGAUGGGACUGUGAUUGACGAAGAUGAAAUUCUUCUCUCACCUGAGCUGAGUGGUUCCACCCUGCUUCUCCUAUUGCCCCAUGAGACUUGGACAGCAGCACCAAAGAUGCCAUCCACGCCUACCCAGAGUGCACUACAGACACUGCCAGAGUCACUGCCUACCACUAGCACAGCCACAGCUAGACAAGAAUGCCCCAAUACAUCAAGAACACCAAAAACACUAAUUGAUGCAGGCUCUCCAAGUGAUUUCAAAUCAUUUGAACUUUGUCAAGCUCUAAAAGCAGCUCCUCUUCCAACAUUCAGCCCUUUGGUAGAGAGGGAACUGACAGCUGAGAAGCCUGAGCCCCUCAAGGUCUGGACAGAGAUGAUUAAGCAGACAGCCCACUUUUAUCUUGGCAAAUGGCCAGAGAUAGGGGAGCAAUCUCACUACAGAAUUAUUGGUGAAAAGAUGUUUCGCCGAUUUCCUUGCAUUGGAUUUGAUGGGCCAACUCAAUGGUCUGCCUUCAACAAGAGCCUAUCUCAAAAAAUAAGGCACAUUCGCUGUGCGCUUAAGAAAAAGUCACAGCCUCAGCCUGGCAGCUCCAACGAAACACCACCUACCAAGAAGAGAUGUUUCAGGCCGCUUGACUUUGCGAAUCAACAGCCAGAGGAGGUUUCCGCAGAGGAUGUGGCGAGACAUGUUGUUGAACUGGGGAAAGAGUGUGAGAAGCAGAAGAGUGGACAGAGCCCCUCCCAUAUAAAGGCCCUGCUGAAAAGCACUAGGCAGGAUAGAGUGGAGAUGCUGGUCAAAAGUCCAGAGGGUGGCAUCUCAGCCAUCACAAAAAAGUACCCUUGUCUGACAGAUGGUCAAUAUGUGUUGUUUGAGUUUGCAUUGAUGAUGGGCAACGAAAGAGUUAGAAAAGUUGCUACAAAAGUACGGACCUUGCUGCUGGCAGUGGAGGCCCUUGGAGAAAUGACUCCCACAUCACAAAAUGAUCCUACACGCAUGCUGGCUCUAAUUGAGUUCAUCGAGGGCAAGACAAAGUUUUACCAAGGUGGAGGCCGCCACAUUAAACAGACUUCAUCCAUAGUGAAAGAUGUUGCGGAUGCUGAUAUCUCUAAGGAGUUGCAGACGAAGAAAUGUCAAGCUCCCUACAUUGUGGCCUUUGUCAGCGGCAGCACCCUGACAGGACUAUUCAUCGUUGCAGAUACUGUCUACAUAGAGCUGGAUAUUAAUGAUGGACUGUCGGGAUCCCUGGUAAAGCUUAUAGCAUGUUAUUAUAUCUUUGACCUGGACUAUCCCAGGACAUAUGCAAUGUUGCUUGCCAUCCUGCAAGAGCAUGUAAUGGGGGAACCAUACCACCAUAAAAAGUCAAAGGGUUUUAUAAUUUUCUCAAAAAUACUUCGUGACAAAAUUAAGGAAUUAGAAGAAUCCGAAAAUGAGUAAAUGUGAGACUUUGACAUUUGAGACUUGUGAGGUUUCACAUUUGGCCAAUUAUUUUUGAUAAAUCUGGACCUAUCUGGCAUUAGUCCAGAUUUAUCUGUACUAUCGUUUUAUUAUCGUUCUCUGUUUUACUUAUCUAUGACACAGUUAGACCGUUAAAUCACGUUAAUUACAUCUAAAUUACUUUGAUGUUCAUCAACUGUUGGCCACUGUGUGAAAGUUUGCUUCUUUGAAGUAAGUGGCUACAGAUAUCUUUAAUGUAUUUUAAAAUAAAUGUGUGACACUUUAUAAACAAGAAUGGCAUUGUACGUUCCCAGCUAAUUGAUGAAGACAAAGGAGUUUGUUAAUUUUUAUUGCAGCUGUUAGUUGCAACAUGCAUGAAACUGUACAGUAUCCAGGAUUUCAAUCGGCGUGGAAUUUAUUAUUUAUUAGAUCUAAGAUGUUCUAUAUCCCCUAUUUUACAGAGAUUUUGAAAUGUAUUAUUAUUAUUAUUA